AUGGGUUCAGCAGUACUGACGAUGGAGCAAGGACCGAUCCUCCAGCAACACCUACCGAUUCACGAUUAUUCGUUGUCCUCUGACCACGAUUACAACGAGCAGUACUCUGGGCAUGCACAUCAUCCGGGCUACGCCACAACCGGCUCAGUCGACUCGCUCCGACGAGAUGGCUCUGCCCCGAUACAGGCGCCCACGCCUUUCACCUUCACGGCCACUAAUAGCGCAACGGGAGCUCGCUUCUUACCGGAUCGAGGCGUAGCUUCAGAGACCACCAGCUAUCAAUCAUCGAACCAAUUCGGGGACUCCAGCAGUGGGUCAAUCUCGACCAGUCCUGCCUCAGCCGCCUCAUCGCUUGCAUACACAAAUUACCAGCAAAACCAUUGCACAAGCGUUCCCAGCUACGGUGCGCCUGUGCAGCUACCCCAGGUGUUCGUGCCAUCUGCCUAUGGCAAUACUCGGGUACCGCCAAUAUUAGACAGCAGUGGUAUGCUACCACCCCCACACCCUAUGCGGUCACCGUUAUCAAGCUCAACGAAUGCGACUGAACGUGAGACGUACACUUCGCCUUCCUUAGCUCGACCACAGCUUUCGCCAGGCGGCUACCAGCCCGGAUACGCCUCCUACCCAGAGACUCCCCGGACUGCGCUCUCUUCCAUCACUGGUCUGUCACUGUCAAACGCAUCUUACCCCUACUCCAACGGUCACCACUCCCAGAUGGCGUCGCCACCGUACGGCAAUCAGCAGAACGAAUGCGGCAACUUCCCAUGGCCUAAUUUAGAGAUUCAUGCUGAGAUGACCUGCGAAGGCCAAGCAGUCACACCCGAGGUCCAUGCAAAGGUAGAGAAGGGCUUCUUCAUGUCCUCCGUCGACUCAAAAUGGACAUGCUACCGUCGCAACUAUUUCUCUGUGCAAUGUCACUUCGAGUUACACCCGAAUAUCACCAAUGGGCGCAUGCAACUGAAGCGGAACAACAGCACGCACUCGGAGACCAUACAGGCUAUGGGCAUGCGACUGUCGGCUGCCGUGGAUGGAUCUGCCGGAAAGAACAUCGAGCUGGUACAACACACGCCCAAGCGUGAUGCUGGGCCCAAGAGCAAGAUCGAGAUUGUCAAAGUAUCGCCGACGCCAUCAAAUGGUCGUGGGGAGCACACAGUAUCACCACACGGCAUAUACCAAGUCCCCAUGUCGACCUUCCACCCCACUGGCUCGAUACCUGGACCGAACCUGCCCUUUCAAAACCAGCCUGAGCCAGGCAGUCCUUCAAAUGCUGCAGCGCAGGCAUCGCAAGCCUCGUCCAACUAUCCAUAUUCCGCAUCAGCUGCGUCACACCUGCCUCUGCCUGGCCAGGCUGCUAAUCACACCUUUGAAAGAGUACAAUUCAAGCAAGCGACGGCCAACAACGGCAAGCGAAGGGCGUCGCAACAGUACUUUCACUUGAUCGUGGAGCUCUAUGCAGAUGUCCGAAAGAGCGAGAGCGACUCUCCAUCAUGGGUCAAGGUUGCGCAUCGUGUGAGCGAGAAGAUAGUCGUUCGUGGUCGAUCACCUAGCCACUAUCAGAACGAAGGUCAGAACUGCAAUGGCCGGACUGGCAGCUCAGGAGGCAGCAGUUCAUACAGCACGACAGGAGGCGCAGCAACAUACGGAGGAGGCAUCGGGUCUAGUGGCUUCCGGUCAUCGACUGGAUAUACUGGUGGCCUUGCCGGAGCAUCAUACCGGAACAACACCUACGGCUUUCAUCCAUCUCCAGAACACUCCGGCAGUAGCGCUUCGAGUGUUGAUGGUGGUGCUCAGGACUCUGACUACCCUCCUGACGCAGUCAUGUCAGAUACGGAGCGAAGUGAGUUCCAGAAUCGUGACGAGUACCGUUACUACCCCGGGACCAUCUACGAAGGUGUACCACAAGGUGGCCUACCUCUACCCAAGAUCGAAAGCACUGCUCGAUAUUCAACAGAUCCCUCAUCGUGGGCAGUCAAGCACGAAUCCUUUGACGCCAGCGCCGGAGCACAGCAAUGGCCAGUCAAUGGCCUGAGCAGAUUCCAAGGCGUCGAGUCAAGUCGCGGCUACUACCCUGCCGACCUGGCUCACCAAUACACCUGA